CCGCUCCAUAGCUAGCAAGCCCUUGUCGGGUUUUUCGGCACUCAUUAAAAAAGAAACCGCCCCCGGGCAGCUCUGGGCUCAAAAUCCGGUCCUUCUUGGCGGACGUGGUUGACUUCAUCUGACCGUCAUACAGUAGCCAACCCAACCAUGCGGGUGAAAACUAGCUAUGUACAGUACACAACCAGACCUGUCACGGCACUCUGUAUCAUUUUUGCAUGAGAGACACAAACCCGGGCUGGUUUCAUUUCUCUUAUCGCGGCUAAAUCCUCGCUUGUUUGCUGGGUUUUUUACUCUGUGCUUCCUGCUCAUGAGUGUUUUCAUUCAAUAUAUCCUGCACGGAGAGGGGCCCGCUUUGCAUUUAGCCUGGUCUUGGUUUAAAAAAAAAAAUUUUUCUCUCGCUUUUCUCGUUUGUUUCGAGAUAUAGUGCGGGAAUUGCGGGAACUCACCGAUUAUUGACCGGUUUAUCCCGAUGCCUAUGCAGAUACUCAUCUAGGCUAGUAUACCGAAUCUAGUCUCACGGCUCUCCCGGCUUGGUUUGGAGUCAGGAAACGGAAGGAUCUGAAUGAAUGGUAUGCGUAUACACCCGAUGGGGGAGGUAGAGCGAAGAGCUGAGGAAUAGAGGUACUUACUGUGCCUAAGACGGAGGUUGAGGGCCCAGAACUUCCCGUCUUUCUUGUCCCUCGGAAGGGACCUUCGGACGAUGACUAGAGCUGUACACUAAGACAGUGAAGAAAGUUAGAUGCUCCAGGUGGGGACUCAGUGUAACGUAGAAAUUAUCUAUGAUCGUCGAGGAUGGAGGGCUUUCAACAAAUUAUCAUUCAAGGCUGGAGCACGCAAGGAAAUUCGUCACAGAUAGAAGGAUGAGUAAACAUGGCAUAACGUUCAGGGAGGCUCCAUUGACCCAUUUGUUCCAAGCGAUUCCACACUUAUCAUUAUCAUUAUUCAUACUCCAAGUUCAUGCAUAUACG